CCUCGAUCAGUUUAGCUACACAAUGAAAGAUCCCCGUUAAUUUGAAGCGAAAGAUGAUCUCCUUUCUCACUUUACAUUAUGAUGUUGUAGCGCUUCGUCCUGGGAGCUGAUUUUUGUUUCCGUUGCCGUUUCUGUCGGUGGGAAUAAUAGCAGGCCGCCUCUGAGCACCCAUCAUAAUGCAUCCGAUGCCUGUGUGCUCCGAUACCCGCGGAGACAUAUUUGACUGUAUACAGAGAGGCAAUAUUGAAAUGUGUAUACAGUUCGUUCAGAAUGACCGAUCGGUUCUCAGGAUAAAAGGCUGGGGUGGUUUCACCCCGCUCCACUACGCGGCCCUCCAUGGUACCCGCUCCCUGGUUGACCUUUUCCUUAGUUUUGGAGCUGACCCCAACGCGACAUGUGACGCAGGACAGACAGCCUUUCAUUUUGCCUGCAGGCAAGGAAACAUCUAUAUCAUACACCAAAUGAUGCAGUAUGGAGCUGAUCUGCGUCUCAUUGACCGGCAGCGAAAAACGUCACUGCAUCAUGCAGUCACGGGGGGCAGCAUUGUUGCAGUGCACUAUUUGUGGGAGACAGGAAUGUUCCGGUUUUCAGACACAGACAUGUACCAGGUGACACCCCUUCACCUGGCUGCAUCCACAGGCAACACAGAGGUGGUGCGGUAUUUGCUCAGAGACCAGAGAUGUGCUGUGGAUGCAGUCGACCAGCAGGGAGCGACUGCGCUUCAUGUUGCAGCAGAGAGGGGUGGAGUGGAGGUGUGCUGGACACUGCUGCAGAGAACAGGGUGCAGGAUGCUCUAUCAGAAGAACCACAGCGGCCUCACACCACUGGACCUCAGCAAACAGGGGAAAACAUUUAGACAUCAGCAACUCACCAAGCUACUGAGUCGGUACAUUCAUGAGCCACUACACCACAAGCCCAGGGAGUCUCAUGUUUUGUAUUACUGGACACUGCUUUUUCCAACCCUGAGUGGAGCUGUCAUCCUGCUGAUAGCAGCCAUGUUGGGAGGCUACGGGGGGCUAACCUGCGCUUUGCUCUUCCCCUGGCUGGCCAGAAGCAUCUUCACACAGUACCACCGCAUGACCACAUACCAAAGGUUACCCAACCCAAUCUACUUGGGAACCCUCAUAGCUGGCUUGUUCCAUUCCCUGCUCUGCUUCUAUGGCAAGAUGAUGCCUAGUGUGUGGUCAAACAGUGUUCUGGUCCAUGUGUCAAUGGUCCACUUCUCCUUGGUCCUCAUUUUGCUCUGCAAGGUUAUGACUCAGGACCCCGGGACACUGGACAGAGCAGAUGUAGAUCCUCGGUUCUCCUGUAUCGCUGACCUGGUGGAGGACAACCAGAGCCCUCACAGGUUUUGUCCAUACUGUGAGUUGUUUCCGCCCGACUACACUAAACACUGCAAGCUGUGUGAGAUGUGCAUCAAAGACUACGACCACCACUGCCUUUUCCUCAACCGGUGCGUCGGCCGUGGGAACCACCGCGUCUUCCUCUUCUUCAUCCUCUCCAUGGUGAUUGCCCACCUGCUUUUUAUUGCCACGGCAACAAGUUACCUGUACGGCAGGAUGCCCGCGAGCCAUCAUGGCUUGUCAUCGUGGCUGACAUUGUUAGGGGAGGAGUUCUGGGUCGUGGUAUUGGUGUCAAUGAAUGGACUGACGGUGUUUUGGGAGGUGUGGCUACUGGUUGAGCAGUUUGAGUCCGUGGCCACAGGAACGACCACCUACUUCAGACAGUGUGAAAGCUCCGCACGGCAGAGGUCAGUAGGGCAGCGCUGGGCUAUAGUGCUGUCGUUUCUGCUGGAGGGUCGAAGACGGGUGGGAAGAGGACAAUCAAGAGAGGACAAAACUGCCAUAGACAUUUGAAAAUGUCAGUUUGUCUUGUAUCCAGCUGGUUUGUGUCAUCGCUCACUUGCUUCACCGUUCACAGAUUCUCUAACGCCAUCAUGUUGUACUUCAAUGUAAAAUUUGGUCAAAUCUCAAUAUUCUAUUUUAAUAUACAGUAGGCUACAGAAUAGAUUAGUCAGCGGAUUUGUGUCUAGCAGGAUAAGAGUUUUGAUGUUCACCUAGUUUUUAGAAGCCUCACAGAAUACUUUUAAAGGUAUCAGUGUUCACAUUAACUUGUUGGUUUGCAUUGUUCUGUGUCGUGAAGUACUUGAUUCCAAAACUGUGUUUUAGCAGGGAACACCUCUGAAUGAAUGCUCACAUUUACACCUGUUUUCAUGUUCUACAUCAGCUUCAUUUUUUUAAAUGUCAUUGUUAUAUUUGUUUUGAAGAAAAGUGUGUCGUGGUGUAAAAAGCACUGUUCAAAGUUGUGAAGAUUUGUGUAGGCUACUCAUAACAUUAGCAAGUCCUGUGAUUAGUGAUAAUGGUAACGUGCACUGAAAUACUUUGUUCCUGACAUAAUGUCAUUACCUCUCUGACCUGCUCCCAGUCAUUUGAGCCAUGACACUUCCUCUGCUCUCACUAAUGAGGCAUGCUCUUUUCAUGCCUUCAAUUAAACACACUCAUUUCCUUUGUUUCCCUCGGGGCUAUAUUUCCAGAUUAUAGAUGAUGUUCCCCACAUCUCUCAGAGGCUGGUGUGUCUGGACUAUGUGAGAGGCUAUGUCAUGUGAUUUUAUUUAGUGUCUACUGUACUGCCUGUCAUGCAUAUGGAGAGGUUAAGAUGAGCGCAUGUAAGCCUGUGACUGCUGUUACUGUAUUGUUCUGUCCCUGGAUCAGUGUUAUUGUAUCUAUUUUAUAUAUGUACUGAUGUGGUUACACAAUUUGUUUUGGUUUCCAAGAUGAUACCUCAUUUGUGCCAUGAUGUUUAUAUGCUGAAUAAAAAACAUCACUGAAA